GCCAUAAAAUACUAAUGCCUGUACAAACAAUAUUUUUGAAUUUAAAUCAAAUUAAUAAAAUAACGAAAACAAUUAUUAACAUAGUACAAAAUGUUCUGUAGUGUACAUAUUACUUACUUAAUCAUCGCGUUGGUUUUCAUUUCGGACCAGUUAGUUUCGUCGGCCAAAUGUAAAAAGUGUAAGACUACGAUUGUGAGAAAAACUAGUAAAGUUUCUAAACCCAUUAAUAAUAAAGCUCCUUCCCGCUUUCUUACAACUAUGAGGGCUGUAACAAAUGAUAAUAAAGUUUCUACUAUUGUUACUUUUAACAAGAGGAUACUUUCCCGUUUACAAGAUUAUAGUCCAGACAUCACGGACAUGUACAAUAGAGUAGGCAAAAUGGUCACAAAAUUUUUUUACUACAUUGCAGAAAGAAGAAAAUUACUAGGUGUUGAUACAUAUUCUUGAUUUGUACGCUGAUUUAGAGUGGUAUUGGUGAUAAAGUAAUACGAGUGCAA